AUGGCCUCGAAACCCGUCAUCCUCCUGAUCCCCGGAUCCUUUGCCCAUUCAGCCAUGUAUUUCCCUCUUCAGGACAUCCUGAUCAAAGCAGGGCACGAGGUGUACGUGAACAACCUGCCAUCAGGGAGUCGGAAUGGUCCAGAAGCUCCCGCAAGUUUGAGUGAUGAUGCAAAGUUCAUCAGUAAUAUCAUUGGAACGAUCGCAGACCAGGGAAAGGAUGUUGUUGUUCUCGGCCAUUCAUAUGGUGGGCUAGUUGCCUCUGAAUCAGCCAAAGGCCAUCGCAAAGCGGAGCGGGGCGCCAGAGGUCUGAAAGGCGGUAUCAUCAGGUUAAUCUUCUUAGCUGCCAUUGUCCUGCCGGAAGGACAAUCAUUAGUGGGCCAUCAAGGCAAGCCUCCAUCGUCGAUCAUAAAGACAGAUGAGUACGGCUUCAUGAGGCUAGCCGAUCCCGCCUUGUCAGGUACCCGCAUGUAUGAUGUUUGGCCAGAAGACCGAGCGGUCGCGUGGGCAAGCGCUGCGCCAAUGCAAUCCGCUCUCAGCUUUGCUAGCCCGGUGACCUAUACCGCUUUCAAGGACAUACCUUCUUCAUACAUAUUUUGUGAGCAGGACAAGGUUGUGCCACCAGCAAUGCAAGAACAAUAUAUCGAGACCAUGAAAGCUGUGGCUGGCAAGGCAGUGGACGUGCAUAAGCUGGACUCGAAUCAUGUACCCAAUCUGACUUCGCCUCAGGCUGUGGCGGAGGUCAUCUUGAAGAUCGCUGCUGCCUCAUAG